CCAGAGGAAUUAACUGCUUCUCAUUUUGGAGGACUCCUUUCUAAGAAAAAACCCACAGAACAGCAGAAUGAAGGUGGUCAAAAUCCCAAGUCACGGAAGGAACUCGUUGAAGAGCUGAUAGCAAAAUCCAAAUUGGAAAAGAAAGAGCGACAGGCUCAAAGGGAAAAUACUCUGGAACUUACAGAAAAGCUUAACAACGAUUGGAAAGAGAUCCAAGCCCUCUUGUUGCAGAGGUCUUCCAAGUCAGAGACACCAAGUCAAGUUGAAGAAAAACCCAAGCCCGAUGAAUAUGAUGUGCUGGUUAGAGAGCUUGGCUUUGAAAUGAAGACGCAACCCUCGGAUAGGAUGAAAACUGAAGAAGAACUGGCAAAAGAAGAGCAAGAGAAACUCCAGCAGUUAGAGGCUGACCGCUUACGUCGAAUGAAAGGAGAGGAACGAAAGGAGAGCAGCAAAAAACCGAAGCACCUAUCAGCUGACGAUUUGGCAGAUGGAUUUCUCCUGACCAAAGACGACCGGCCCUUGCUGUCCUAUGGUAAUGACGUGGAUGGUGAAGAUGGAGAGGAGGACAGUGAGAAUAAAGAAAGCGAAGAAGAAUCUGACACUGAAAGCAUUAACGAUCCGUCCGAAGGUGACGCUGACGAAGAGACGGUCCUGGGAAAGAGGUUUUCAAAAAGCCAAAAGAAAAUCAAGAAACCAAACUCCCGCAGAGAUAAAGAGGCUGCCCAGCUGGAGUUGCCGUAUUUGUUUGCUGCGCCUGAAUCGUACGAGCAGCUUCAGGCUUUACUGUUGGGAAGAACCACGGAAGAACAAAUGGACAUCAUAGCGAGAAUCCGGAAAACGAACCAUCCCAGCCUCGCCAUAGGGAACAAAGCAAAGCUAGAGAAACUAUUCGGGUUCCUCGUGGAGUACAUUGGAGAGUUGAGUCGUGAGGGGCAGCCAAGACUGAAAACCAUUGAUGAGCUGGUCGUCGUCCUCUUCGAGCUUUGCCAGAUGUUUCCUAAAGCGGCCGGCGAUCAUAUGAAGCUUCUCCUUCAAGAGGCCACACACAGCAUGGAAGAGAUUGCAGAAAGAAAUGGCCUGCUAACAUUCCCGGAGUUGGACAUGCUCCUGUAUUUGAAAAUUAUUACCAUUCUUUUUCCGACUUCUGAUUUCUGGCAUCCGGUAGUAACCCCAUCGUUGGUUUACAUGAGCCAGCUACUUACAAAGUGCGCCGUAAGAACGGAACAAGACAUUGUGAAAGGAUUGUUUGUCUGCUGUCUCUUCCUGGACUAUACAUCCCUGGCUCAAAGAUUUGUCCCAGAACUGGUCAAUUUUCUCCUGGGAGUCCUUCACCUGGCGAUACCUAACAAGGAAACUCAAGGUUAUUCUUUGCUGCCUCCUUUUGUGUCACUAGGAAAACAUUCAAACCUGCUUGUGGUCAGUGAAAAAUCAGGGAGUGAAACGUGGCAAAAACAAAAUAUCUCACUCCACCUUUUAAGUAGAUCAACAGGAAAAAGCAAAAUAGAAACGAAUAAUCUGAGAUUGUCAUGCGUGGCUCUGGCUCUGGCUCUGGUUCAACGCUGUGCCGUUCUUUAUGGGGAGCUUCCAUCCUUCCGUGAAAUCGUGGGGCCUGUCCGGUUGCUGCUUUCCUCGCUCGUGCUUCAGGCCACCAAGUAUCCCGCACAGCUUCAGGAGUUACAUCAGAGCGUCCUGGAGAAACUCGAUGUCCCUGGGACAUAUCGCCCGUUGGUCUGUGACAAGAGGAAACCAGUCCCUUUGAAGCUGUACACUCCGAAAAUAGUGAAGGUGCUGGAAUUCGGACGGAAGCAAGGGAGCAGUAAGCAAGAGCAGGAACGGCAGCGCCUCGUCCACAAGCACCGGCGGGAACUGAAAGGGGCCGUGCGCGAGAUCCGCAGAGACAACCAGUUCCUCGCCAAAAUGCAGCUUGCAGAAGUCAUGGAAAGGGAUUCUGAAAGAAAAAGAAAAGUGAAGCAACUCUUCCAAAGCCUCGCUCAGCAGGAAGGAGAUUGGAAAGCACUCAAGAGGAAAAAGCGUUAAAAUAUUCCCGGAUCUCGGAAGAGAACCAAGAAUGUUUCCAGAAUUUCCUGGAACAUUUUUGAAUCAUUUUAAAUAAGGGCAACAGGUUGUUUUUCUUUCUUUUCUGGAUUAAAAAAUAUACAUUCUUGUUCCUAAAUAAAAUUGUAUAAUGUA